AUGCCACAACCAUGGAUGCCGUACUUAGAACCGCGAGCAGACUUGCACAAUAUGUAUCGUCCCGGGCGUAUAUAUGACAUAGCCGAGUUAGAUCGUGAAGAACAAGAAUACGAUCUCGAGAUUUUGGCAAUUAAGAAUGUGAACAGUCAUUGUACGAUAAUUGGCAAACCGGGAUCUCGCGACGGUGACCCCGCCGAUUCGGAUGGAGAAGCAAAUACAGAACCUUCUACAGAAGACACAUCUCAUGAUGACUUAGAAGAAAUUGAUGAUUCUCCGGAAGAUGAAUCUAUGCAAGAUUUGUACGAAUCGAUGAAUGAAGCUGGGAUGUACUCUGCAUAUGGAGAUGAUGAGGAUAUUCAAUAA